CAGCAGGCAUACGGCGCCGCUCUACCGCACUACCUUAUAUAUAUAGGUAGGCAGGUACCUACUUGGUCUGUAGAAGUAUUCAAAUAUUCAUUCAUCUUCAUCAAACUCUGCAUGCUUUGAUCCAGAAAGAGCCCGUCUCACUUAAUGUUUCCUUGUUAUAUCUUUCACGAAGAAAAGAAAUGUCUUCUCUCUCAUCUUCUUCAAGCCUUAUACCUAAACCUAAUUGGGAGCAUACGAAAGGACUGUACGAAAGCACAUUGAAAGCAACGGAUCCUACAUCAUCAUGUCCAGUGGAAUAUAGAAUCCCCGGCUACCUUGUGAACCCAGAGCAUCUCGUUAAAUUAUUACAAGAGAAAUUCAAAGGCGACUACAAAGUUAAGCUUCGGAAUGACAACUAUUUCAUAUCCACCCCGGAACGGCUCACAAAGCACGACCUGGUCCGCUGUAACUGAGUUUCGGAACCCCUUCAUACAUCAGGCAUGUAAUUCUAAGUAUGAACUUAAUCUUUGUAUGCGGCUGAUACAGGGUCAACGAUGGAAAGCGGUUUAUGAAAUGCUUAUCAGAUCUGGCUAUACUAGUUAGUAGGUACCUAUUGUAUAACGUGUUAUGGUUAAUUUCAAUGAGUGGCUCAUAUCUUCAAUAACCUGUGUUGUGCCUUGUUUUUCUCUCCCCCCCCGCAGCUUUCAGUAUUAC